GGCUCCAAUAAUCUAAGAACUUCGGCCACAAUGACCUUCAAAAAGUUGUCCAAAAACUUGUGCCUUGAUCGUUUUUUGUUUACCUGCACCUUGAUAUAUGUAUUAAGCUUCGAAUGCUCCAACGGUUUGGUGAUCCGUGUUUCAAGCACAACAGGGUACGAUAACUCUUCGUGUUUACUUACGAGCGCCAAAAGUCCUUGUAAGACCAUAGGAUUCGCUCUAAAUGCUAUGGAGAAUCAAAAGAACAUCAAUCAAACAAAUUUUAUAUUUUCAAUCGAAGACCACAUAUACCCUUUGGACAAACGGAUCCACAUUCUUCAAAUCAGCGCGAAGCGUAGUAUUUUUCUGCAAUCGAGUCACGCAAAUGGAUCCACCAUUAGCUGUACAAGUGCCUCCGCUGGAUUUGAUAUUGGAUUACCAUCUGGUCAAGUAAUUAAAACAAGAAAUAUCAACAUAGCUCACCUAAGAUUUCAAAACUGUGGUUCUCACUUUGCCGCUGUUGUUUUGAUAUGGAACUCCCUAAACAUAAACUUCAGGAACUGUACGUUUGCACGUAAUAAACAGAGUGGAAUAAACGCAUUUGACAGCGAGGUCACCGUUAACGGUUGUCUUUUCCUGAAUAACACUUCAAAUAGAAACAGUUCCAGCGAAGUGUUCAAAAAAGGGUACACGACGCUUGGUGGUGGAGCAGGAUUUUUGUUUCAAGCUUCAGUUUCUCUUUCUGUGGUUAUCAAAAAUUCAAAUUUCACCCUCAAUUCUGCCGUGAAAAUUGGCUCAUCAGCAUUCGUCGCACCUGUUUCGCCGAUCUUUAGCGAACUUGGUGGAGGUAUCCUUGUUAUGUUCUCGGGGAAGACUAACCAUUGCUCUGUUGAGAUACAAAACACAGACUUUUAUAACAAUUCCGCUACCUUUGGAGGAGGUUGCUAUCUAUCCACCGAUAGUACGACAUUUAAUAACAGCUUUUUUGUAUCCAAAUCGUCAUUCGUUGGAAACAGAGCUAUGCAAGCAGGAGGUGGACUGAAAUUUUCUCAUUGGCACAAUUCGUCCAGGAUCACGAGUAUCUUAAAAAACUGCACCGUUACAGAGAACCAGGCCAGAAGAGGAGCUGGGAUGGAAGUUCACCUCAAAAACUUUGAUGAAAAACCCAGAAACUCCGUGUUGAGGCUUGUAUCUGUUGUGUUUAAAAACAAUCAGGGGAAUUUCAGUUCAGCACUUAAUUUGCAAACAAAGUUGCCCCACAGCAAAAAGAUAAACUUGAUUCCGGAAUUCAUAAACUGUACGUUUGAGGAUCACCAUAUUACUUUUUUUUCUGGGUCUAAUACUUUCACAAGUCAAAGGGUUGACGUCCGGUUUAAAGGAAAAAACAUCUUCCGGCACAACCUUGGCGGUAGCGCAAGCAACUUUCAGGAUUGCGUGGUACAUAUCGAGGGACAGCUAGUGUUUGCUUACAACGUGGGAGUUAACGGAGGGGCACUGUUUAUGAUGUCAAGUCAGAUUAUUCUUUACCCAGGAAGUGAACUGAUGUUCCUCAAGAAUGGAGCGACUACUCUAGGUGGAGCAAUUUGUGUAUUCGGAGCAUUGAUGAAUAACAUCAUUACCUCUCAUAAUCCUGAUUGUUUCAUGACUUACAGCGAGUCACACUUGCCUGCAUCCCAAUGGAAGACCAACGUAUCGUUUAUCGAAAAUUUCAGUUUCUACAAGGGAGCAGCCAUCUACAUUUCUUCACUUCAAAGAUGUCAGUGGAGUGAAGAGGCCCCUCACACAGACCCCAAAAAAGCUCUCCGCUGGUCCAAUAAUUUUGUGUACAGGAACAACUCUCUUUUCCCCGGUGGUUUAAGGUAUCUCCCGGGAAAUAACGAUAUUUCAACAGAAACCAAGAGUUACCAUCAUUCGGGAGCUAAAUCCCCUAUAAAGCUUGCUCCAGGCCAGCUGUAUGAUUUAAAGCUGCGAGGAUAUGAUGAGCUUGGGAAUAAUGUUCCAGCAUGGGUUUUCCCACUAGAGACUGACGGGCUCGGUCUAGAUACAGCUUUGAGAGUCUGGCCGAAUUCGCCAAUAUACUUGCUUAGCCCUGGAAAUUCAAGUACGACGCCGUUUUCGUAUGGAAUUUCUGAGGCUCUUUACAGAGAGAUUCAAAACAGCAGAAGCAAACCAAUACGCAAAGUCAAAUUUGUUGAUCUCUCCUCUUCAUUGAAUAAUAAAUAUGUGUUGGAAAUUGAGCUGCAAAAGUGUCCCCCCGGAUUUGAUUACGACAGCACUUCGAGGAAGUGCAAAUGCACCGAGAACGCUGUUGGUAUUGAGAGAUGCGACGGAAACAGCCUCAGCGUUUUCAUAAAGGAUGGUUACUGGGCCAACGUAACAGAAGAUGGUACCCUAAUAACUUACUACUGCCCAUACGGGUAUUGUCAAUGUGUGAAGGGUGGGGAUGGUAAAGCUGGAUGUUUAUUUGAUCCACUUAACAGCAAUGCUCAGUGCUCAAAGAACCGUGAGGGCUGGCUGUGUGGAAAGUGCUCAGGAAAUACAAGUGUGGGAUUCAGGGAGCAUGACUGCCAUGAAUGUUCCAGUUCAAAUUGGGAAAUUCUUCCCAUGUUUAUUUUCAUUGCUCUUUUUCUGUGCGGUCUCGUCAUUUGGCUCAAUCCCGGCAUAUCUAGCGAGAUACGAGGACCUUUGUUUUUCUUUCAAAUCCUUCCUUAUAUCUACGACCCUACUCUAAGCAAGAUUCCUGGUUUUGUUAAAAUUGUCAUCAUCCCACUUAUGCAGCUAUUCAGCUUCAGCUUUGGCACCCUGCUGGUGUAUUUCCUGGAUCCAUGCAUCGCUCCAGAGAUAGAUAACCUUUACUUAACCGCCUUUGGUUACAUUUUUCCAUCAGUCGCUGUUUUCGUCUUUCUUUUGGCUUAUUUGUUGAGCGUCAAUUAUUGCCUUCAGUUCAGAUUUCGCGGUCGUUCCAUGCUGAAGGCAUUUUGGUUUCUCCUCGUAUUUGUUUAUUGUCAACUCGUCGAGACGUCGGUCAAGAUCCUUAACUGCGUAAAGCCGGUUGGCAGCAGCAAAUACCUGUUCUUCUUUGAUGGCACGAUAACGUGUUUCGAACAUCAUCAUUUACCAUUUGCCAUAAUCGCUAUCCUCGCGCUUGUGAUUAUUGUACUUCCUCCACCAAUCAUAGUGUUUCUUCUAACCAAAGGCUGCUGGAGAGCGGAUCCUCAAUAUUCGAGUACUGUGACAAGUGGCUUGCACCCGCAGCGCCGUUGGUGGUGGUCAGUGGAUUUGCUUCGAAGAGCAUUGCUGAUCCUGAUCUACAUUCUUGUCCAAGACUGGCAAUUAAGACAGGUUCUCAUGAUAUUCGCGAGUAUCAUUAUUCUCGCUGUUCACAGCAAUUGUCAACCUUAUCUUCGCACUCGCGUUAACUUCUCAGAAUCAUUCUAUUUGUUAGCCUUGUGCACCAUCGCAGUUUUGUGCACAUUACCUAUCAAGAAACUUGUUGGAAGUGGGACAGCUGAGAUCGUUUGCGAAGUGCUCGUGUCUUCCUUAGCGUUUCACACAUCUGUGGUGUUUGUUCUUAAAGCUGUAGGCUUCUUUCGCCAGCACUUUGACUGCGCGUGCGUUCCAUUCGAAGAAUUUGCAAGGCGCUCUGGUUAUGAGAAAUUGGGAGACACCGAAUUUGAACUGAGUCUCGACCUUGAGACAGAACGAAGGAAGAACCUGUUCGAACCGAUCUUUCCAAACUAAUUUCUGUUGAACGGUGUGCAACGUUACACCCACCGGUUAACCAGAACGAUGCGUGAUACCUACCGGUUUUAACCUGUUUUAAAGCAUAAUUAGUUAUUGUUGAAAAAUUCGCCUCUGUAACUAAUUUGUUUAGCAGUCAUUGCUUUCUCAGUCGAUCGUGGAACGAUAACAUUUAUGCACAUUGUUAUUACGGUUAGAGACCGUCUUUAUUUAUCUCUUAGGCGCAUUUUGAUUAUUACGAUGAAAUUUACAUGUAAGUAAUCCCUAAGCUUCUAUAUUCCCAUGAUCCCCCGUCAUUUGGCAGUUAAUUGGCAGACUACAUCCCCCCUCCUUUUAUACCAUGGGGGAGACUGGUCCUCCCUCUGUUCCCCCUGAAAACCAUCUGAUCCCCAAAAGUCCUUGAAUCCCCCUCCCCUCCCCCCCCCCGUGACAAAAAUAAUGACAGGUUUCCCAAGAGUGUUUUUUGAGCUGUAGUGAACAACAUGGUCAAGCGCAUCAGAUCAUAUAUCUCACGAAUUUUGCGCUGUAGAAAUAAUAAAAUAAAAUUAUUAAAAUUA